UGAGUUGGAACGACGACGUCGAGCGUUGGGAGAAUCCACGUAAAGGUAGGCCAGCGCAGCAGCGCGAUAACAUUAUUUGAGAGUUAUCAAGAAGCUAGGCUCUCUAGCCAGCUAAACAUUCGAAGUUAAGAAAAUCGGGUCUCAACCCGAAUUUACUAAGAUGGUUGCCCCCGAUUCAGAAAUGGCAGCAUCUCAAGGCGGCGAGGUAGAAUCGACAUUGCAAUUGCAGCCUCCCGAGAAUCAUCGUCUUCACAACAACAACAACAAUAAUGGGUUGUCCACGUCAUCCCUCGGCAGACAGUCGUCUAUCUACUCCCUCACACUUGACGAGUUCCAGCACACCCUUUGCGAGAGCGGGAGACACUUCGGGUCCAUGAACAUGGAUGAGUUCCUUACUAGCAUUUGGACUGCCGAGGAGAACCAUGCCCAUGUCCCAGUGACCCAUAAUUUUGUCAUGGGUCACCAUGCCAAUCAUAAUAACAACAACAAUAGCAAUAACCUUCCGAGGCUGCAGCCAAGCUUGACAAGACAAGGAUCGCUCUCGCUGCCAGAGCCGUUGUGCCGAAAAACGGUCGAUGAAGUUUGGGCCGAGAUUCGUAAAAACCAUCAAAUGCCACCAGGUGGCAGCGGCGGAGGGGAUGGAAAGUUUCAUAGUAAUACUAAUAAUUUAAAUAAUAACAAUAAUAAUCUUGUCGUGACGGGGACGGUGGCAGCGGGUUCCAAUAAUAAUACUACUACUAGUACCCAUGAAAGACAGGUUACAUUUGGAGAAAUGACACUAGAGGAUUUCUUGGUCCGAGCGGGUGUGGUUCGGGAGCAGGCGGAGAUUCCUGCCCCAUCCACGUCAUUACUGCACCACCACCAGCAGCAACAACAAUAUUCGAUGUACCAAAACAACAACAGCGAUAACACAGUCAUGGACCCCACCACUUAUGUGGCGGGAAGAGUCGUGAUGGGCUUGGGUGGCGGCGGAGGUGGGGUAGGAGUGCCUGCACUACCUUACCAGGCGCUUCCACAACAACCUCCGCCGCUAUCCGCUGUUUAUGGCGGGAGAAUGGGGAACGGAAGUGGUGGUGGGGCCGUGUACGGGCAUGUAAUAGGUGGUCUAGGAUCGUCGCAGGCGAGUCCGGCGUCCCCUGAUGAGCAUCAAGGUGGGGGUGGAGGAAACCCGUACGGGUUAGAAGAGGCUGCCGGGAUGAGAUCAGGGGGAGGGCGGAAGCGGAUCACAGAUGGACCGGUGGAGGUGGUGGUGGAGCGUAGGCAGAGGAGGAUGAUCAAGAAUAGAGAAUCGGCUGCAAGAUCCCGAGCCAGGAAGCAGGCUUACACAGUUGAGCUUGAAGCCGAGCUGAAUCAGUUGAAAGAAGAAAAUUCUAAUCUCAAACGAGCAUUGAAGGGUGGAAUUAUAGGCGGUGGAGAAGUGGUCUCCACCGGGGAAGACAUAGCGCUGUCGUCGUCAGAGGAGGAGGCGGGGGGACUGUCGGAAGUGGACGGAGAAGUAACACUACGGUUAUUUAACAAACCACACACCAAGACAUCAACAAAACUAAGGACAACAUUUUCGGCCAACCACGCCCAAGGAAGGGCCCAGGAGGCCAGGAUCUAUUCCCACUCCACACACGAGAGGGGAGACAUAAUGCAUGACACCCAAGCAUACGUGCCCUCAACCGAAUGGCUUGAGGCACAACUUGCGUUCAAAGUUUCGAUGGUUCACGGGAUUCUGCAAUUCACACCACGUAUCGCAUUUCGCUACGUUCUUCAUCGAUGCAAGAGCCGAGAUAUCCAUUGCCGAGAGUCAUUUUUAUUAAAAGGAUGCAAAGCUCACAGGCAGCAUAACUAAGCUCUGCGAGAAGAAAAGCAGCAGAAACAGAGAGGAAAAAUAGAGAGAGCCGAGAGAAGGAAGAAGGAGAGAAAAAGAGAGGUGCAGCCUGGUUUUGUGCUCCGAUCAACGACCAAACGAGCUCCGGUCGGGAUGAAAUUUUAGUAUGUUGUUCCUGAGAUCCUCUUCUUCAUAUCCAACGGUGGGAUUGUUGUUUUGACCUCUAGAUGUCGGUAAAAUCGCCUCUGUUUACUGCUGCGUUUUUAUUGGGGUUUUCUCACUUUUGAGUGAAGAUUAUUGUUGUUUGGUGUUCCAAGUUAUUACUUGAUGAUUGUGUGUACCUCUAAUUGAUUUAGAGAGGAUUCUUGGUGUACCCACUGAUUUUCUUGGUGAUUAGUGGAAGGCUUCGUGGUUUUCUCCCCGAUUUGGGGUUUCCACGUUAAAUCUUGGUGUUCGUUUAUCGCUUGAUUGAUUGCUUGUUGUUGUGUUUGCUAUUCUUGAUUG